AUGCCGCGCAGAAAGUUGCCUGACGCGAAGGACCGCCGGAAGCGCCAGAAUGCUGACGCUCAGCGCGCAUAUCGCGCGAGGCAGAAGACCAAGGUUCGACAUCUGGAGCAGAUGGUCGCCGCUGCGUGGGUAACACAGGAACCAGCAACGCAAGAGUGCGUCAAGGAGGUUCCGAUCUGCCCUCCUACUCGCUAUGCGGUGGCCGAGUCAUCAAACUGCAAGGUGGAGACGUAUACUGCUUCAUGCAACCUUACAGCUUCGGACAUUUACCGGGCGUUGCUAUCCCUCUCGGCGCAUGAAAACAGGAAAGGUUGGGGCAUCAUGUGCCUUGUCGCUGCCAUCGCGUGA